CAAGGUCAAGCAAGGCCCAGGAAGAAGAGAAGACACAAUGUCGCUCGCCAAGUCGAUUGGGUCGGCGUUGUCGCGGACGCUCGACUCUGCGCGCCAGUCUCUUGCCUCGUCGAUGCGCAUGGAGGUCUCGCCACCGACCGCUUCGGCCACCGACUCGCGCCUGCUGCUGUACCCCCUUCGCAGCUCGCAGGACCUCUCACAGGUUGCGAGGGGCUGCGAUGCCGACAUUGGCGGUCUCAGCUCGUGCAGGCUCGACCUCGACGAGUCUGGGUCGACUUCUGCGGCGAGAUUCUGGGGAACGCUCUCUUCGGAACUGCCGCGCGGGGCCAAGAUUGAGAGGAGCGGCUAUGCAGGGUUCCGAAACAGGAGUCGGCCGACGCUGUUUUCGAGCAUGACCUGGGACACGACGAUGCAUCCUUUCCUCUCGCUCCGUGUGCGGAAUAGGCUUGCUGCUACUGCACCGCCCUCGUCGUCAUCCGCCGCAACAGCAGUGGGGGCAGGCAGCGGCGGCCUUCGCUCGGUCCUGGCCGCGAGCAACCAAGAUCGGACGGAUUCAUACAGCCGGGCGGUGCAUGCGCUGGGCCUCGAUCGGAAGCCGUCGCCACCCGGACCCAAGUUCUUUGUCAAUGUGCAGACCGACGGGCCCGUGACGAGCGACCUGUUUCAGCACCGGCUCUGGCUCGACGAGGCAAAGGGCGACGAGUGGCAAGACGUCGUCAUUCCACUCGACGACUUUGUGCUGACAAACACGGGACAAGUGGCGCCGGUGCAAAUCUCCAUGAUGAGGGAAAAGAUCAGGACAGUGGGGAUCAGUGUGGUGCUGGAGAACCCACCGCUGGGCAAUCUGGCAUCACGGCCAGCCCAGGGCGAGGGCCAGAAGAAGGACCAGGUGCCCGGUGCGCUCAAGCAGGCGCAAAAGGAGGGGGAGUGGGUCCUCGAUGGCGACCUGGAAGCAAGUCUGGAGACGCUCAGGGGCAGCAAGCGUGGCGCCUCGUACAACUUUGAUCUUGGCAUCGAGCGCAUUGAAGCCAUCAGCGAGGAGGCAUUGUAGUAGUCAGAUGCAGAGGGGUGGUUUCUCAGAUUAUACAAUAGUACACAAUGUAGUAUGCCCGGGACUUUCAUCGAUGAACGGUCUUGUCAAGGAGGUCCUUGAAAGGCGGUUCAGCCACUUGUGUCCUGCUCAAAACACGACGGCACUCACCUUGGCCUCGUUGACCUUGCUGGCAAUGUACGGCGCUCCACCUCGGUCAGGGUGGUUUGCAAUCAUCAUACGCCUGUGCGCC